GACAUAUCAGAAAGUACCGAAUGGACCAAUUUAGGGUUCUUUCCCGUGUGGCAGUAACUGUAAUGUGCUUGGCGUGUUUCGGGUUUAGUGUUGGGAUGUGUUCAGAUUCAGAUCCCUUGAUUCAGACGGUAGUGUCUAACGAGGACUUGCCCUAUUCCGCUAAGCUCAAUACGGUACAAAAUAUCACGGAAUCGGAAUGGGAUUCCCUUGUGAUGAUGUCUGAACUUCCAGUGCUGGUUAUGUUCACAUCCGACCAAUGCAAACGAUGUUCCAUGAUGGACCGCAUACUGGAGCAAGAGGACUCGAUAUACGCGGGUAAGCUCAAUUUCUACAAAAUCGACAUUAACAAGGCGCCAGUCAUCGCAGAACGCUACUACGUACGUGAUCUCCCGACCAUUAUUUUCUUCAGAGGGGGAUGGUUAGAGGACCAAGUUAUUGGAUUUAAUCCAGCGAAAGUACUGAGACUCGUGGAUAAAUAUGCACAUUAAGGAAUGAGACAACGUACUGUCGUCUCUUCUCGAGUCCGUUUACUUAUAUUUGCUGCUUCCUUUUGCCAAAGUCAAACCUUUGCUCUGUGCAUUACUUUUAUGCUGUCUAGUUUUGUUUGUCUCCUUGAAUUAAUUAUUUCA